AUGGGUGAUUAUAAAAAGAAUAAAGUACUCCGGUCGACUGAAAUUCAUAAAUUGAACGAAAUAUACGAUGUUGCUCUGAAAGUUAAUGCCGAAGAUGAAAGUUUUUAUCCCAUUCUUGAAGCUAUGUAUAAAGAACUUGAGGAAACUCGAACAAAUUUUUAUAAACUUCACAAUAAAAUUAUAUCAAUCAUAUGUGAUAAGCAAAAUGCGGAUGAACUAUUCAAGAUUGAGGAUGAUUUUCGAAAAAAAUUCGAUAUUCAAUAUUAUAGAAUUCAAGCUAUUUAUACGCAACGUUUAAUGAAGCCGACGACGCAAUCUGUGGCUAUACCGGGUGAACAAUUGCCCAUCUCUGCAUAUUUAAAUUUACCCAAGCCUGAGUUACCGACAUUUAGAGGAGAAGUUACCGAGUUUCGGAGUUUUCUCGAUCAAUUUGAUGCGCGUGUUCAUACGGUCCCCCACUUAAAAGCGAUUGACAAAUUUAACCUAUUAGUUUCUUGCUUGAAAGGUGUCGCUCGGGACGCUGUCGACCAUUUGGAUAUCACAGCAGAUAAUUACACAAUUGCUUACGAUUUACUAAAAGAAAGGUUCAAUAAACAAAUUCGAGCGUUUUACUUUCCACUGCUUUUCUCGAAAUACUCGACGGUCGCGGAAUCUACCAGCCGAUACGAUGCUUACUCGAUUCAGGAAGUAUGUCGUCAGCCGUCUGGUCGGUUCAUCGUCGACUUACCUUUUAAGGAAGCAGCCCCUAUCUUCCCAAAUAUCCGAUCUCUGGCUUUACAGAGGUUUUAUUCCCUUGAGCGGAGACUUAAGAAGCAGCCUGAGAUUUACUCGCAAUAUCGCGACUUCAUGAACGAAUUUAUUGCGCUUAACCACAUGGAAUCUAUUCCAGACGAUUCGUUCAGUCCCCUCACUGUUAUUAUCUAUCCCACCAUUGUGUCUUAA